CCUUGUCAAAGGAAAAAAUCUCUCUACCAAAGCAACCCUUUUUUAAAAUUUAUUUAAUAAAUUACUAAAAAAUUGUGAUCCUUAAAGAAAACCCGAGAGCCUCCUGUAUUUACGUCGUUUCCUUUUUUGUUCUUUUGGCGAAACUGUAAUGUCGUGUCUCUGCAACUCUAGCACCGAUGGAAUCCAAUGCGCAAUCUCCUCCAGGGUUUUUACAAAAAUUAAUUUUUUCAAAAUGUAACAGCCCUCCUCCAAAACCUUGGGAGCGAGUAGGUGCUGCUUCUGGGCCGACACCUUUUAAGCCCCCAUCAAGUGGCAAUACAAGUGAUGCAGUUGAGUGUUCAGGAACUGCGAAUUCUGGAGGAAUUGUUUCUACUUCUGGUAGGCCUGCCACUAUUAAUAGAAAUUCUCUUGGUCGGCCUCUUCCAUCAAGGCCUUGGGAGAAAAACUAUGGAAGCAACAACUAUAGAGGUUAUGGGUCUACUAUGAACUACACUUCUGGCAUAGGUUCUGGAAUGUAUGGUUCAUAUGGUGGUUUGGGAGGAGGCAUGUAUGGUGGAGGGAUGAAUGGUAAUGGCAUGUACAGGGGAGGUUAUGGUGGGCUUUAUGGAUCUGGGAUGUACGGGGGUGGAAUGUAUAAUGGUGGUUUUGGAGGUCCAAUGGGUGGUUAUGGAAUGGGUCUGGGAGGCCCUUAUGGUGUUCAAGAUCCAAACAAUCCAUCUGGCGGUCCUUCAUCCCCUCCUGGGUUUUGGAUAUCACUUCUUCGAGUGAUGCAAAGUGUAGUAAGCUGUUUUGGCCAGAUCUCAAUCCUUAUUUAUCAAAAUACACAGGCCUUCCACAUGUUCAUUACUGCACUUCUUCAGCUUGUCGAUCGCACUGGUUUAUUAUACGGAGAGUUAGCUAGAUUCGUACUGAGAAUACACGGAAUCAAACGAAAGCCAAGGAAGGCUUACCCCCCAGGUCCUAAUGAACCAAAUGGCAUGAAUGCAAAUCAGAACUCUGUUGAGGGACCAAGGGCUGCCCCUGCAGAGUCUUGGGACAAUGUAUGGAGAAACAAUCUUGGUUAAUGAAUCAAUCCUAACAGCUCAGUUUAGGAAACUUAGUUACCCCUGCCAACUGUGUAUUGAACAUUACAUGAUCGUUUGUCAAACAUAAUGUCUUGCACAAGUGAUGUAAUUCUAUAGAAGACUUCUGGGCAAUUCUUGCCCGAAAGUCGAACCCAUUUUGCACUCAUCAA